AGCUCCGUAACCAGGCUGCAACAAGGGCUGAAACGCGCAGUCUUUCUCCGCAGACUCACACCGGCGGCACACAGACAGAGGUCGAAACAGGCAGAGGAGAAACUGUGCACCCAAAACCGCAAUGGGGACGAGCUGAACCGCCGACACGAGACAGGCUCCGCUGUUGUUAUUCUGCGCGCGUGCUGCUGCUGCUCGCAGCGUUUUAGCCCUCGCGGCGGCAAAGACGUUGGAAGCUCCUAACGGACGGAAGUUACCUGAAUACCUGCAGCGUCUCGCGCCGACGUUAGCGCUGACCGAGACGGGGACUCGGGAGGACCCACCGCACGGGGCAGGCAGGAGAAAGUUUUUUUUCUCGAGCUUAGCGCCACUUCAGCGGCUAAACAAUGUGGCUGACCCCGACAAAGUCCGCCUCAUCGUCGGUCGUCCUGCUAAUCCUGCUGGCAGUCCGCUGGUCCCACAGCGUUGUAAUCUCUCCCCGAGAGGCGAACCAGUUUCUGCGCAGACACAGGCGAGCAUAUCAAGUUUUCGAAGAGACGAAGCAAGGACACUUGGAGAGGGAGUGUGUGGAGGAGAGGUGCUCCAAGGAGGAGGCUAGGGAGGUGUUUGAAAACGACCCGGAGACGGACUACUUCUAUCCCAAGUACAUGGCCUGUGUGGAGAAAUUUGGAGAUUCUGAGAAGAAAAAGCAGGAUCUGAUCACAUGUGUGCAUAACAUACCGGACCAGUGCUCGCCCAAUCCUUGCAAUCCCAGAGGCACGGUGCGCUGCGAAGACAAAAAGGGCGACUUCCACUGUCACUGCUUCACAGGCUGGACGGGAGCCAGUUGUGAGCAAGAUGUCGAUGAGUGCACCAAAGACAACGGAGGCUGCGAUCACGUGUGCAACAACACCAUAGGGAGUUACCGCUGCUCCUGUCAUGAGGGCUUCACGCUGGCGGAUCGCCACCUGUGUGCCGACGUCGACGAGUGCCAGGACGCGAGCGUGUGCGGAACGGCGCUCUGCCAGAACGUCGAGGGCCGCUACGAGUGCUUGUGUGAGGACGGCUACGUCUACGACAACGAGAGCCGAAGCUGUGUGGAUGUGGACGAGUGCGAGUCGGGCGUCUGCGAGGAGGAGUGUUUGAACGUUCCCGGGAGUUUCCGCUGCUUCUGUGACGGCCGUCAGGGCAGGAAGCUGGGACGGGACCUGAGGAGCUGUAAGCCCAUAACGGCCUGUAUGUCGCCUUCCCUGAAGAGGAAUCCUCGCUCUCUUUAUCUGGGUCGCAUGUUCAGCGCCGUGCCCGUCGUGCGGCUGCGUUUCCGCCGCAUGGUCCACACGGGUUUCUCUGCAGAGUUCGACCUGCGCACCUUCGACAACGAGGGGGUGAUCUUCUUCGCGGGCGGUCACCUCAACAGCUCCUGGAUCGUGCUCGCAGUGCACCAGGGGAGGCUGGAGCUGCAGCUCAAGUACGGUCCCGUCAGCAGAGUCACCAGCAGCGGGCCCCUGGUCAACGACGGCCAGUGGAGAAAGAUCUCCGUGGAGGAGCAGGGCCGAAGUCUGGUGAUCAAGAUCGACAGGGAGGCCGUGAUGAAGAUCGCCGUGAACGGUGACCUGUUUACGCUGAAGAAGGGCGUGCACGAACUCAACCUGACUGUAGGAGGAGUUCCUUUCAAAGUGGACGGCCUCGUCAAUCAGAUCAAUCCCCGCCUGGACGGCUGCAUGAAGGAGUGGCGCUGGCUGACGGGCGAAGACACCUCCAUCCAGGAAACCAUCCAGUCCAACGACAACAUGCAGUGUUUCAGCUCCGAGGUUCCUGGAGCGUAUUACCCUGGAGCCGGCUUCGCCCUCUUCAACAUCAGCUACGAAUCCAAGAACCUGAGCAUCCAGAUGACGCUGCGGCCGCUUUCUGGCGUCGGAGUGCUGUUUGCUCUGGUCCACCAGGACAAAGUGCCUCUCUCCAUCGCUCUGUCCGACUACAACCCCGCCACCGACGAGUGGCGAGACUUCAUCCUGGUUUCCGUAGGCGACGUAGCCAUCGCCAGCUCACCUGCGGCCCUGUGCGACGGCGAGAGUCACAGCGUCCAGGUGACCAUCACGGGAAACCAGACUCUUCUUCUGGUCGACGGCCAGCCUGGACGCAGUGAAGAAUCAGAACACACUACAGACGUCUUCUCACAGUCCAGCACCUUCAUAGGAGGCCUCCCAGACAUGUCCCUGGUGUCCACGCUGGUGUCGGCGCCCUACAGCGGCUGCAUGGAGGUCGCUGUGAACGGACAGGCUCUGGAUCUGGACAAGGCCAUCCACAAGCACAACAACAUCCGCUCUCACUCCUGCCCCCUGCUGAGCUCUCAGCUGUGACAAAAACAACAACAACAACAGCAACAGCAAACGGUCUAUAGGCAGGUCUUUGACUUGACCGGGGGGGGGGUGCUGAAAUUCCAAAAGCUCUUACUUAGUGGGCGACGACUCGGAUUUAAAACACACUUUCUUAUAAUUGGCACUGCUGCGUUGAUGGAUCUGCUGGGGUUUCCCCCCAUUUUUACAUUCCUAUGACCCGGUGUGUCAGAUGGCAGCCGAGCAGCAAAUCCCCUGUACCCAGCGAGGAAUAUGGCAAAGCGUUUUGCAUUUAAUGGCGACCCACAAGAACACAGGAGAUGGUUUAUUGGUUAGCCGUCUGGUCCGACUUCUACGCGCGCUACCUUCGCUGAAAUCCCCUUUUUCUUUUAACGUCUCCGCUGGCGUCUCCAAAGCUCAGUAAAGGAAGCACUAACUAAUAUCUUAAAAAAAAAAAACGGACCCUACACUGCUCUGCCCAGAGAGAAAAACCUUCAUCAUUUGGUGCUUUAAUCAGCUCUGAGCUAUUUGGUGCGUAACCGUCGUGUUGAUUGUGAACCCAGAAGCGUAUUUUGCCCUCGAAAUGCUGAAUCUCCUCUGGAGACGCAGCGCCGCGUCUCGACGGCGACCUUGCACAUCGUCGCAGGCAGAAAUGGACUGCGGCGUAAAAAAAGCCAUUUUUAGGGUCUCCUCUCAAUUACAGACGCACUUCAUGUCCGCCUGCGACCCUUUUAAAAUCAACCGUGUGCCUAGAAAACGACAGCCAGCUCCCCCUCUGGUCCGGUGAAGGGUUUUCUGGCAAAGUACUGUAGCAGCUUCAAGCCCAGUCCUUUGAAGCACUGACAAAGCCCCCCCCCCCCCCCUCCACCUAAGAGUCAUUCAGUCACAGUCGAAAACCUGCCGCAUACCAAGCUGACGAACACGGAUAGGCCGCAGAAGCACAGGGCGACAGGACGGGGCGGCGAAAGGCACUGCAUUCAUCUUACCACACAAGCUACUGAGAACAAGAGGAGCGCGCUGUAUUAUACUGUGUGUAAAUAAUGUUACUGUAAAAUGCUUUAGAGAUGACAGAACGCAAACACUACCUUCCGCUGCAACAAUUUCCCGUCGUUUCAGCCAACAACAACAACAAAAAAAAAAAAAAACACAGCCUCUCACCCUCUGCGUCGGGGAGGGAAGGUUUCAGCAAUAAGUUCGGCCGCUUGACCCAGAAGCCGAGAGGCGGGGGAAGAAUCGAAGCGGCGUCGGUCUUUAGGAGCUCCUUUUUUUUUUAUUUAUCGGUGCCGAGCGAAUCCAAGCUGAGAAUGUCCACGAGGAGCAUCGUUGACUUGAAAAAAGGGCUCCGCUCUUAUUUUACGUCAUUUUAGGGUUUUCUUAUGAGCGAAUGCAAGAGUGUUAAGUUUGACCUUUUUUUUUUUAUUGUAUUUUCUUUUUUUUUUUUUUUAUCAUGUCGUAUCUUGAACUUUUUCCAUUAUUUGUAUUUUUCACUUUGUACUGCCAGUAUGUGUACACAAUGCUGCGAGAUGUCUGCCUUUUUUUUUUGAGUUUUAACCUCCCUUAAACCUAUUUAAAAAUAAAAUCAGCUGUAUGAACAUUGUAUUAUAAAGUAUAAAUUGUAUUUUCAAAAAAAACAACAACAAAAAAAAACCUAUUUGUUCACCGAGUGAUCUUUGUUACAUCUGAGUCCUAAAUAAAGGCUGCCCCUCGCUU